GCUUCCCCACAGUCUCCCCGCAAACACCAACGCCAUCAUGGCCGCACACCAUCAAGCUGUCUGCCUGGAUAGCCCCAACAACAUCGACCCACCCUGAGACGCCAUGGCACCCAUAAACUGGACCCCAAAGUUCGCCAAAACUCCCCCUCCCAUCAAAGACGCCCAGCUCUCCUACCCCUCUUCCAACAUCCUCCUCGUCACCCUCAACCGGCCGAAAGCGCUCAAUUGCAUCAACAGCAACGGCCAUGCCGAGCUCCACGAUGUGUGGCAGUGGAUGGAUGAAGAGCCGGGACUGAGUGUGGGAAUCAUAACCGGCAACGGGCGUGCAUUUUGCGCUGGUGCAGACCUCAAGGAAUGGGACACCCAGCACAAAUCCUCCUCCCCUCGCCCUAUGCCCGCCUCCGGUUUUGGCGCCCUCUCCCGCCGCACCGGCCUCAAGCCGGUGAUUGCAGCUGUUAAUGGUAUCUGCUUUGGAGGCGGCUGUGAGAUCAUCAUAAACUGUGACAUGGUUCUCGCCUCACCCACGGCUACCUUUGCCCUUCCCGAAGUCAAACGCGGCGUCGUUGCCAUUGCAGGCGCGCUCCCGCGUCUCGUACGGACGAUUGGGCGGCCGCGGGCGAUGGAGAUGGCGUUGACAGGGCGCGUGGUACCAGCAAAAGAGGCGGCCGAGUGGGGGUUGAUCAACAAGGUCGUGGACGACGUGGUGGGUGGUGCCGUAGAGCUGGCGAAGUUGAUUGCGGAGAACAGCCCUGACGCGGUCAUUGUGAGUCGGGAAGGCGUCAAGAUUGGCUGGGAAGGGGUGGGCGCGGAAGAGGGCACAAGGCUGUGGCAGGAGCUUUGGUAUCCGAGGCUGCUAGCAGGAGAUAACAUGAGGGAGGGAGUUAAUGCGUUUGUGGAGAAGAGGCAGCCGAAGUGGAAAGCGUCGAAGUUGUGAGCUGGCGAAGUUUAAAACAAAAAUGGGGUUCGUAUAUAAGCAGCGGAAUCUAAUAUCAGCCUCUAGGCAAAAGAGAACGUUGAGAAUGUUUUCCGCAUUCUCUUAGAUUUCUGCUCUACUAGCACGCGAUAUCUCUUCACGUUUCUCGCUUACCAGUUUUCAUCGUCGGUCAAAUGUUUAUACUUAGCCAACAUCCCAUUCCU